GCGGCAGUAAGCGCGCGCGGUCCUGUGGAGCGGCCGCGGGAAGCGCUGCGUCUUCCUCGCUCCGAUACGUACCAGUACCAAUACCGAAACUUGAACACCAUGCGUUCACGACAUUUGUAGGUCCCGAGAGCUGCACAUAAAAAAUAAUGUAACUUAGCAACUAAGUUAACUAACGAUAUAAGUUUGUUCAUCGCAGAACACCAAAUUAAUAAUAGUGCCUCUAGCUAGUAGAACGCGUAGUGGAGUUAGGUUAUGUGCCAAAUCGUGUGUGAAGUGCUAUUAGUGAUAUAGUUUUACAAUAAAAUUCUUGAUCAUGUUGCCGGUCCCGCAAGAUCGCAUGUCUGGUCGGAGGAGCAGCUCCAUCGUCAGCAGAACCCUGCUUGGGAGGAGAGCGUCGGUAUACGUCACAGGCAACCACCAAGACCCUGCAAAGUUGAUAACGGAGAUCAACGUCCAGCUGGCGUUGUUCCGCGACCUGUUGAUCCACAUCGGGCAGCCGCACGACUGUCCUGAGCUGCGUGAGCGCGUGCGCAGGCUGCGGCGCGCAUGCGUUGAGGCCACCAAGCAGACCAGCCAGCUCGUGCUGCCCAACAGUAAGAAGUCCACCAGCGAGGGUUGCGCGGAGCAGCCGCAACUGGUGCUGCUGUACUUCAUGGCGCAGCUGCUGCUCCGGGAGCUCGCCAAGUGCCACCGCCUCGUGCAGCUUGUGCCGAUGGACAUGACCUCCUACUACGAAAAUCGGGCGGGUCCUUCGAACUUCGGCAACGUGAUCAGCCAGAUCCUUCUGUGCAAGCAGAUCACGCCUGACUUCAACCAAGAGGAGCUCUGCAGUAUCGUCAAGGACACGCAGGAGAUCACCAGGAUAGUCAACGACAUCCAGGAGCACUUGCCUCAGCAUGAAAACCUCAAUCACUUAGAGACUAACAUCGCACUAAAAGGAGAUGACGUGAACGGGUUGUGGCGGAACAAACGACGAGGCUCGCUGUACAAAGGCAUGGGAGUACUGUGUUGCGUGUCGCGGCCUAACUACCUCUGAGGGUGACAGGUCUCGCCUUCGAGGCGACCCAGCACCGGACACACAACUCACGCCGGACACUCUAUAAAAACUCAGUGUUCAGUGAGUAGUUUCAUAGCCAGUGAGUGAGGUUUGCGUGGUUGUCGGUGUCAUCCUGUGUCAUAUAGACCACGACUAUUUUUGGUUAAUUGCAAAAAUAUACAAAUCUAUUUUUGGUUAAUAGUCCAUAGAAUUCUAUAAAUAUUAAUAUUCAAAAGUUGAGAGGUGAUGUAUCUACAACCACUAUAAUCAGGCGUGAUGUGAAAUUAUUUUGUGUAUAUAGAAGUUGUUAAAUGACACAUGGCCGAGGAGGGCACUACAUGAAACAGAUAAAGGAGAUAGUAAGCCCGGUAUCAAGAAGUGAAGCGCUCAACCGACUAGAAUAUAGCUUUGAAGUUCUGAUGAGGAUGACGUCUUUAUGUACGAUCACUACGUGGUCUAAAUGGCGUCGGGUGGUAUCCACAACUAGCAAUUCUGUAACUUAUUCGUAUGUGUACAGUUAGAUAAUGAACGGGUCCAUUAAAUUGUUUUAAUUAGUAGACUUCAAGGUGAGCGAUUUAAGUUAUAUCGCAGAUCAUGGAGCCUGUAGAAAAAAUAAGGAAAGUAUAGAAAUUACUUUAGCAAUUAUUUUCAUUGUAUACCUAGGUACCCAAAAAGUCGGGUAUGAAUGCAACCCUCUCAUCUUGUGUUGGACUUUUUGGGACUAAACUAGGAAAUAUUGGGCCUAAACCCAUCACAAUUAUGAGUGAUGGCACUCAUAAUUGAUGAUGUCAAUUAUCAAAUGACUAAACUGAUUUUCUUGAAAAAGAAGACCGAAAACAACUUUCAAGUAAAAAUAAAUAUUUUUUUUUAGAAACAAGGAAAAUUUACUAUACAAUCGGUUUAAAAAUAGGUUUAUAUUUAUAUUCAAUAAUUAUCUAUACUCUCGUUAUUUCGUGAUUUAGAUCAAUUAUAAAUACGAGCAAGUAUUUAUAUGAGUUAAAAAUGAAUAGUUGAAUUUCAUUAUUGUGAAUUGCCUGGAAUGGGAUCAAUUGCGUUAAGUAGUGAUGUAAAUGAAUUACGAUGAAUUUAAUAUCAUUUCCCGCACUAUAGUGACGCAUGAGUAGACUGCAAGCGUUUGUUUACGAUACACUUUCUCAAGUAGUAUAUUAGGUGCUAAUUAAUUAUUUAAAUAUAUUUAUUCAUUUAUUCAAUAGAUUGAUUGAAUUUUAACUUAACACAACAUGGUGUAAUAUUAUAAUAUCAUUAGACUGUAUAGAUAAAUUUUAGUAGUGCGUAUUAAAUAUUUGCACAUUAUCAACAAAUUAUUGUCUUAAAAUAAAUCAUUAUUUUAUAUUUUCAAUUCCCAAAUAGUAUGUUUCCAUCUCGUCUUCCAACACAAUUGUCUGUGUCGUGAUUUGCAUAAACCUUAGUGCGGCCUAUCGCGUAACCACUAUUUCUUUUUAUAAAUAUAUAAAAUGAUAUCAUGUCAUUAUUUCCUAGUUUUGCUAGAGAAAACUCUCGCUACAUUUUCUCUGGGAUUGCUUUGAGUGGCUCGAGUAAUUAGGAUCAAAUGUCAAAAUAAAGGAAAACAAGAAAAGCCGACGAUAACGGGCUAAAUUGUCUGCAUCGCUAGUUUUAUUCCAUCUCUAACCUCGACAGAUAUACUAAGCUUUCAUUUAAUACAAAAUAUAUGUUAUUUAGCUUAUUUACUUUAUUGCAAUCAAGGCUAGUCAAAUCAUUAGUAAAUCUUCAUUAUUCUAGUCAAUUAUCAUUAUGCCCUAAAAUGCAUUGUUAUUACCUAUAUCAAAAUAUAAAAAGCAUACCUAAAAUACAUACUUACAUUUAUAAAAUUAUAUUUAUUAAUUUUAAUAUAAUAAUGAAGUACCUAAUUCUAUACAAAGUAUGUUAAUUAAUAUUCGAUUAGAUCGAUAUUUAUAAGGCAGAGGUUAAAUAUAAAUUUAAUACUAUAACUACAAUAUUCUAUACAAUAAUAAAUAGAAGUGUGCGAGUGUGUAUCUGUUAGAUCAUAGAAAUCAAUUAAAUAAUUUUUAAUAUGAAUAAAAAUCAUACACAUUUACAAACUGUAUUUUUUUUGAAAUAAAUUAUUAUAAAGGUAGAAGUAUAUGCUAUACUUUAAUAUAUCCAUACUAAAGAAAGUCUAUCUGUCUCUCUGUUCCGCUUUCACGGCUAAACCGCUGGACCGAUUUCGAUGAAAUUUAGUGCAUGUAAUUGAAGAGCCUCAAACAUAAGCUACAUCUUUUUUUCAAAAAUCAAUCCCUCAAUGACUAUAAUGAGGGGUUGAAAGUUUGUAUAAAAAUCAGAAAUUAAUGCCUGCGAAACCGCAGGCAAAAGCUAACAUAUAUAUAAUUUGUUUCUCAAUCUGUUCAACUUUCAGUGACAGGUAUCUAGCUGCCUCAAUCAAAGUUGAAAAUUAAGUUACAAACUCCAAGCAAUCUCAUACAGUAUCGCUAUUCGACUCUUCAAACAUACAUUUUUCGAGUUUCAAGCGACUGUAUUUUAUUUAACAGUAAAUCGAUUUAGGCUGGCUGGUAUACUAAAUUGUAUUUAUUAGCAUUAUAUUAAUGUGUGUGUAUAUAAAUAAAUUGUAUUCAGUAUGAAGUGCAAUCCAUGCAGAAAAAAAUAAUUACUAUAUUUACUAAUUAAUUGAUUUUAAAAUAUUGCACUGAAUCUUUUAUGUUAUUUGUAUGAAAAUAAUGUCUAAAGGGUAAUUAAGUUCAUAUAAGCCUAUGUAAUAUUUAAGGAAUUUGGUUUUAAUUAACUAGGUACUUGUGUUGUACAAAAUUAUAACUCAAACCAAAGACUGAAGUUGGUUACGUCAGAAAAAUAGUCUUGCACCAUGCCACAUGGAGUUGACAGUUUUUUUUUUUUUGUGUUUACAUUUCUUGAUGAUAAUAGUUAGCCCAACAAAGUUGUGGCAGACAGAGAAUAUAUAUCCAGCACAUUGCAGCGGCUAAUGAAUUAUAAUGAGUUCCUCUUACAUCAAUAAGGAAAAAAUAUCUCCUUAAUUCGCCAUUUUACCGGUUCCAAGUGUAAUGAGGAUACAAACAGAGACUGAUCAAGAGUUCUGAUCACCCUAGACUAAUUAUGGUGACGCACCCUUAAAUCAAAGGUUCCCAAACAUUUUAUGUUUGCAAAUCAUUUAUUUAUUUAGUUAACUAAUGUUAGAUCUAGCGAAUGUGCAUGCGAUUUCAGCGCUCCCUGAUCCUCGCGUCCUAGGCAGGCUGCAGCCUAAUUAGUCUAAGGGUUAAUCAGGCCCUGGAUACGCAAGGUGGUCGUCAGAUGUAAAACGUGCGCUAUGACGCGCUGCGUUUAAUAUCUUACUUUAUUAUGAAAGCUUUAAUUUACUAAUAAAUAAUGCGCUAUUUAUUGUUAUUAAUACCUCACAAAAGUGUGCACGAUUAGUGCAAUUUUCAGUCCUUUGGACUGAAUAAGGAAAAUUUGAACAAUUCUCAAAUAUAACGGGUUACAGUUUACAGGUUUAGGCGACAGAAUCACACAGAUAUUAUAUUACGAUCAUGUUAUCAGCACGUUUUACUAGUCAAUAGUUUUACUAAUCAAUAAUUUAGGAAUCUCAUUAUUUAUUUGCAGAAAGUUUUGUUAUAGUUAAGUCACUUAAAACUGUCUAGUCAAUACUUUUUGGUAUGUUAUGUUAAAACAAUUCUUAUAUUAAUGCACUUACUAAAGUGAUGACUGUGAUAUACUCGUAAAUAUUAUAUAGAAGAUGAUAAUAACAUAAAUAAAACUGUAAUUA